AGACCGCACUGCAUUGUUACACGGAAGAGCCUAUUUUCUCGUGUACUUUUGUUGUGUGAUAGGAUCGAGUCAUGUUCCUUGGAUCUUGAGUCUGUUCUCGGUCCACCAUCUUUCUGGUUACUUUCUGGAAGAAGCUGAUGCUGGAGAGGAUGAUUAGGGGGUUGUAUCCUUUAAAUGUCAUGAUAUACUUAUUUGCUUCAAAUUCUGGUGUCGCUGCAUUUGUUUUGAUGUCGAAAUUCUUCUAUGAAUUGAAGAAUGAAGUACACUUUAGAGAAUUAAUUUCUAGGAAAGUUCACCUCCCUUUCAGAGUCUGCUCUUGGUCUAAAGUUACAUAAAUUGAUAAAAGUUCUCGAACUUUUUGUCUCUUGGUCUAUUUUCUUUUUAUGUAUGUGGAGCAUCCGGAAGACUUUUCCCUUUUGAAGGACUUCCCAACCCGAUGAGUUGAAUUAGAUUGCAAGAUCCGGUUUGAACUGUCUUGCUGCGAGAGGAUAUAUUGGGUUUGUACAUGUGCAACUUGACUAAAUUGUAAGCGAUCAUCUUGGGGAGGAUAUUUCAAGCGUGGGGUCGGAGGAGUCAUCUGAGUAUAGUGGUGAUGACGCAUCUGAGAGUGAUAUAUAUUUUGAUAGUGAUGAUGAGUGCUACAAUGUCUUCCCUAAGAGUGGAGGUAAUUUUCUCCAGUGAUGUUUUUAGUAUUAUAAGCACGUCCUUUUCAUUUUCAUGAACUAUAGUUAAUGUGCCUGCUCUCCGUAUUCUAUUUAUUAGUCAUAGGUUUUCUCUUCCUCUUUGCUAUCUGGUUAUGUCGUCGUGGGAUAUUCAUACUAUUGACAUGUGAAGAUGUUCAUUUCUCCUGAUUUUAGCCUGUUCCUAUUAUUUGAUUUCUGGAAAUAUCCAUGCGGUUGUGAUUGAGGAGAUAACAGAUGAGGAGAAGGCUGUGAAUGGAAAAUUCUCAGUCAAAGCAACAGAAGAAGAACAAACAAAAUGGUCCGGUGGAAAAUCCGCAGCAAGGUCAAAUUGUUCCUAGGAACAGUGCUUCUGUCCCUGUUUUGGAAAGUGAGGAUGAAGAUGGCUUCCCAAUUUCAAAGAAUGCCUCUGAGAAGAAGUCUGAAGAAGCAGCAGAACAGGUCGACAAUGAUACAAAUGAGAAAGUUCUAAAGAAGAAGAAGAGAAACGUUAAAACUAUUGAGCAAGAUGAUCAAUCAGAUAGGCAGAAGAAGGGGAAGAAGCAGAAGAAACUUGAUAAAGAAGGAAAAAAUGAUAAAGAGCUCAAUGAGGUCAUGGAUGAUCGGAAAGAGCUCAAUGAGGUCACAAAUGGGGAAGCACAUCAAGUUUUGCCUCAGGAGCCCCCAGAUGAUAACAAUGAAAAUCAAGCUGAAAAGAAAAAGAAGAACAAAAAAUCACAAGAUUCAGGGGAUCAACAAUCUAUAACUAAGGGGGAGAAGGAAGAAAAGCCGUCUCAAGUGAGGACUUUCCCAAACGGCAUGGUCGUUGAGGAACUUGCAAUGGGCGAGCUUCAGAAGAACGGCGAGAUAUUCGACUCUAAUGUGGGAAGAGCACCUUCCAAAUUCCAUCUAAGUAUAGGGCAAGUUAUAAAGGGUGGGAUGUUGGAUUUAAUGGUAAGAAGCAUUCAACCAUUCCUGGGAUAACUAGCAGUUUCUAUGUUCCAUCUGCUAAUUGACGACUUCGCGGUGUUGUUUUUUCCCUUUUUGAAUUGUCGGGAAUGCGUAUCGGAGACAAGAGAAGGCUCGCGAUUCCACCUUUGAUGGGGCAUGCGUUUUUUCUAAGUUAUUACUACUUUAGACCAUUUAUCGGCAUCGCAUGCAUUGAUUUUUCGGUCGGGGAUGGGAAGUCAUCGAUCUUUUUCUUGGAGUAAAUUGUGAAUUAUUAGGUCAUCGGGGAUUCAAUCAAUCCUGAAAUAUAUUGUGUGAUAGCAAGGCCUGGGAAUUGGGAUAAUGAUGGGGCUUUUUCCAAAACUUCACCACAGUGUCAGUUUGAGAUGGAAGCACAUAUAUCUAGUGCUCGUGUCUAUCCAUCUGAUUCUCUUUGUUAAAAUCUGUGGAAUUGUUACCAACGUGGGUUGGUUCAAGCGGCUCGGCGCUUGUUCCGCUUAAGCAAGGUCUCGGGUUCGAGUCCUUGUGAAUGCAGAAAAUUCACGCUGGGAGAGAUUUACCCCUUAGUGGGCCGAUCCGGCUCGACUGGAUUAGUCGGGGUCCAAUUAGGCUUCCGAAUAUCAGUGUUCAGACCGAAAAAAAAAUAAAAUCUGUGGAAUUGUUGCAGUUACGGGGCCAAACUCGUGGCUUGUGUUCGACGUUGAGCUGGUUGAUGUCCAAUAAAUCUACACUUGCCCUUUGCUCUAAUAA